ACGUCUUCACAAAGAAAAAAGGGCUCAAAGAAAUAAGACUACUACAAGCCCAAACCCAUCCUUCAGCACAAAUAACCCAUAUAUUAAUGAAACAACUGAAACUGUCACAGAUAACAAUGAACCUCUUACUACAGAAACAAACACAACUACUACUUGUAGUCAAGAGCUUCCUCAUAUCGAAAAGGUUAACACUGAUCAGGAUGUUGUUCUUAUGGAAACAAAUGAAAAUAACA